CGCUUUCGUUUCCGCUACGGAAGUAUACAGCGCUGCCGCCGCGCCGAGUCCGGGCUGCCCAGGUGAGGCGCCGCGUUGGGAUCGCGUCUGGAGCGAUGGGCGGCCGCUGCCGGCUGCACUGCUCGGGCGCCGACACCGCGUACUAUAUCCUCAAGCUGACGCUCGGGGUCUCGGCCACUCUCUUCUCGAUGCUGGGACUGCUCAUCAUGUGCGUGGGUAUUUAUGCCGAAGUGGAAAGGCAGCGGAACAAAACGAUGGAAGGAUUCUUUGUUGCACCGGCUGUCUUUCUGGUGCUACUGGGGGUCAGCAUCUUUGCGGUGUCCUUUGUUGGGAUGGUCGGUGCUCUCAGAGACAAUCGGCUACUGUUAAAGAUAUUUAAGUGGACACUGGUUACGGUGGUGUUGCUGGAGAUGAUUUUCAUCAUCGUCAGCUUUGUAUGUCGGAAUAAGGUGCUCCUGGUAUUUAAAGCCAAUGUACGAGAAGGGAUCAAACAUUAUUACGAAGACCUGGAUUUCAAGAACAUUCUGGAUCGCAUUCAAACCAAGUUCUCGUGCUGUGGAGGAGAUGAGUACAAGGACUGGAAGGUGAACCAUUACCAUGAAUGUAAUGCGCCAGGACCAAUGGCCUGUGGAGUGCCCUACACCUGCUGUAUCCAGGAAGAGGAAGAUGAUGUCAUCAACACACAGUGUGGAUACUAUACACUAAAUCAAGAGCGUUUCGAGGUUGAUGAUAUCAUCCAUGUCCGAGGCUGCGUAGAUGCCAUCAGUUUGUGGUUUGAGGAUAACGUCAGCAUCGCAGUGGGAAUACUCGCAGCCAUUAUCCUGCCACAGAUGCUUGGGAUUUUGCUCAGCUGCCUGUACCUGGUAAAACUAUCGCAAUACCCGGAUGAAGUUGAUGGGUUCAGAGUGCGCAUUCCGUAUGAGCUGCUGGAUCUCUCCGGGGCUGGCUGGUGCAUGUGCCUGCCCAAGGCGGAAGGUUACCAGGCGAAGGAUGACCCUGUAGACCCCUACUCCAUGCAUCCUCUUCAAGACACGCAAGUGAUGGACACCAAAGGGGAAGAGCUGAACCGAGGUUGGAUUCCAGGACCCAGCAACUGUUGAAAUUAGUGACCGGCUUGUGAUAAUUCUGCCUGUGUGUGAGAGACAGCUCCAUGCUCUCAUUUGUACUAAUACCCAUGGUGUUCUCAAAGGAAAAAAGUUAGGAGUAUGAUCAGGUUUGUUACAAGACAGUGUAGAUUCUGACCAAACCCCCAUUGGGUUCUGAGCACAGAAAACCCGAUUACAUGGAAGAUUAAUAUAUUGAAAGAUACAAAGUACAUUUAUUAUCAAAAUAUGUAUUCAGAACUCUAAGAUUUGUCCUCCCACAGGCAGCCACAAAACGAAGAAACACCAUGAACAACAUUCAAGAAAACAUUGAACACCCAACGUGUGAUCAAAGAACAGAUUGUACAAAUGGCAAAAUCCGAAAACAUAGAAUAUCAAACAUCAAACCAGGAGUGCAGUUGUAUACAGUUUAGAUCAGUCCAGUGUCACACCACUAGCCCACUACAAGCCGCAGGGCAAAGUAUUCUUCGCUGAAGUACCCUGGACUGCAUCGAACGCCCUGAUCAGACCGCUCAAAAGCAGCGAAAGGAAAAGUGCGACCAGAAUCCAGAAACACAUGCAACAUGGACCCCAAAGUCCCCAGAAACGAGUCCGCCGCCUCUGCAAUCAACCUUUGCAAUGUGGAUCCCGUGACUCCUGUACUGCCCUCCGAGAGCAGCUGGCGCGAGGGAGAGGAAGACUGGUCAAACUCGGGCAUACGUCGCCAAACACCCGUCUGUCCUCCGCUGUCAUCUUCAUCAACCUCAUCAACCUCAGUCUUGCUCAGUGCCUCAGAUGGAGAGGAGCAAUGGAGUCAAUCAUGGGCUUGCACCCCCGACGCCUCAAUUUCAUAUAAAUCCCAUAUUCAAAAGGGCAUCGGUAAGUUUGGCAGCUGAACCUGUUGGUGUAAUAGGCUGCAGGCACAAACAGACAAUGUUGCAGCUUCUCAAUCAGAAAGAAGGAUUUGUUUUAUUUGUCUCACGUGCGUCAAAAUCAAAUCAGCGAGGAUCGUGCAGGGCAGCGCACCAAAGGUUGCCGUGCUUCCAGUGCCAAAGUAGCAUGUCCACAACUCACUAAACCCUAAUCGCUACGUCUUUUGGAAUGCGGGAGGAAACCAGAACACCUUUAGGAAACCCACGUGUUCCUGGGGAGAACGGACUAACCCCUGACAGGCAGUGGCAGGAUUUGAACCCUAAUCAGUGGGUGAUUUCUGGCUCUGUGAAGGCUGCUCGGCAGGACCACCGGGGGAGCUGUUGAGCAGCAGACACCUCUGCUGUUCUGAGGCGGAGGAAACACUUUCCAUUCCAUUAACUCGUCCAUUCCCCCCCCCCCCCCCAACAAGACCCCUGCAUGCACGGAACAACCAAAUCCUACGAGUGCCAUAUGGUUCUGUGUUCGUUACUGAUUAACCAGUACAUGCUCAAUAAUAAUACAAAGUGAUUUUACCUUCUUAAACAUCUGAAGUAUUUCCGGGAUGCAGACAGGGAAAUGAUCUGGCAAGACAAACACCACCAGUAGUUUUGUUCUGUUCCAUCAUCCCAACGGAGUACAGAAACUGCAGUCUAUGCACAGCACCUCCACACAACCUUGUCAAGUUUAAUCUUCCAUCUUUUGACAGACACUUCACUGAUCUUCAGUGCUGGCAGUGAUUCAGUUGGAAAUCUAACAAUACCAAGAUCCGAAUUUCCCCCAAGGCAGGAAAAAAUGCAGAGUCAAAAAUCAUAGCGGUAUCUAACAAUCUAAAAAGAUGAACUUUACUUGUCACAUGUACAUCAAAACAUACAGUGAAAUGCGUUGCUUUGCAUCAACGACCAACUUAGUCCAAGAAUUGUGCCUGCAGGUGUCAGUGUGCGUCCGACACCAACAAAGCAUGCACACAACUCACUAAUCCUAACCAUACAUCUUUGGAAUAUGGGAGGAAACUGGAGUACCUGGAAGAAACCCACAUAGUGGAACAUACAGACCACUUACAGAGUGGUGGGAAUCAGAUCCCUAUCGGUGAUUGCUGCUGCUGUAACUGUUUCAAAAGGCACGUCAUUGCUGUACCACAAAUCCCAGAGACUAUCGUACUGUGCUUUCUAUGAUUCCUCUCAAGUUUACAGAUGGUGUGCAAGACUAGUUUUUCCCUGGAAUAAUUAAUUAUUGCUUGCUACAAGCUUUCACCAUUUAUCCUGCUGCACGUCUAUUCAUGGAGUCAUAUAACAUUACAGCACAGAAACAGGCCCUUUGGCCCAUCUUUUGGGACUAACUAUUAAUUUGCCUAGAUCCAUCAGUCUGCACCCGAACCAUAGCCCUUCAUACCCCUCCCAUCCAUGUACUGAUUCAACAUUUAACCAAAAUUUGGAUUCGAACCCACAUCCACCACUUCUGCUAGCAGCUCAUUCCAUACUCUCACCACACUGAGUGAAGAAUUUCCCCCUCAUGUUCCCCUUAAACAUUUCCCCUUUCACUCUCAACUCAUGACCUCUAGUUCUAGUCUCACCCAAGCUCAGUGGAAAAAGCCUAUUACUAUAUCUUAUCUGUAUCUACCCUGUCUAUACCCCUCAUCAUUUAGUAUACCUAAAUCAAAUCUCCCCUCACUCUCCCAAACUCUCGGGAAUAAGUUCUAACCUAUUCAACCUUUCCAAUAACUUGGGUCUUCAAGUCCAGAGUGUGCUGAUUCCCACACUGACUUAUUCCACUGGAUCCACUUUUCACUGGAUCCACUUUUCACUGGAUCAUACACCAUCCUGACCUUUUUCUUAAACUAGCAUAAUUAUUACAAUACUUACACUGUCUCUGACCGCAGGAGUUGUCAGAGACGUAGCGACCUGUUUGCUGAGGAGCAGUGGGAUAGAACAGUCAACUGGGGAGUCGCAUUGUCUCAACUGUGAGGAUAAACCCCAGUAAGAAGAGAAAGUGUGUGGGAAAAGUAUUAAACACUUACUGAUUAUUUGUAAUACCACGUCUCCAAAGAGAACUCAGUCUCCAUUGCUGAAAAGCAAAAGCACAACACGGCAGAUGCAGAGAAAAGAAAAGAAAAACAAAAAAAAUAGUGGGAAUACUCAACAAUAGUGCACAUGGGGUGAGAAACAGAGUUAACAUAUCAGGUGGAUGACCUUCCAACAGAGUGUGAAGUUUCAGCUCUGUUUCUAUCUCCACAUUCACUGCCUGUCCUAUUGUGCAUUUGCUACCAUUGCUGUUGACUUGAAAAAGGGUACGGAUAGGCUUUGAUCCCAAUACUGUCGCUUCAAAGUUCAAAGUAAAUUUAUCAUGAAGUUACUUAUAUGCUACCCUGAGAUUCAUUUUCUCAGGCAUUUUCUCAUUUGCAGGCAUUCACAGUAGAACAAAGAAAUACAGUAAAAGUCAAGGAAAAACUACACAGAAAGACUGACAAAGCAACCGGUGCUAAAAGACGACAAAACUAUGCAAAUACAGAAAUAACCAAAUAACAAUUAAAUACUGAGACCAUGAGUAGUAGAGCCCUUGCCAGUGAGUCUGUAGGUUGUGGAAUCAGUCCAAUGUUGAGGUGAGUGAAGUUAUCUACACUGGUUCAGGAGCCUGAUGGUUGAAGGGUAAUUACCGUUUCUGAACCUGGUGGUGUGGGACCUCAGGUUCCUGUACUUUCUUCUUGACAGCAGCAGCGAGAAGAGAGCAUGGACUGGAUGGUGGGGGUCCUUGAUGAUGGAUAACGCAUGCAGAUGAUUUGGAAUCCAGCUCUUACUGAGCAGUUCUCUCAGCUUCUCUUUCCUAUCUGCAAGGGUCUUGUGUUGACAUUGGGUCACAGUGGACGACUGGCAUGGCCAUUUAGAAUGUCAGACCUGUCAGAGGUGCUAGAGUGGAUGCUGGUGCUGCAGAGAAUUGCAAUAUUUGGGAAAGGUAAUCAAAGGAUUUCCACAUAAAUUGGUACUAGCUGAAGAGGAACCAAAUUCACUCAAAAGAUAAAACAAAAAAAUUGGAUAACUAUUCAUUACCACAGGUAGAGUCAUAGAGCAAUACAACACAGAAAUAUGCCAUUUGGCUCAUCUAAGCUGUACUGAACAGUUUACUCUGCCUAGUUCCAUUGACACCCACCUGGACCAUACCCCUCUUAUCAAAAUUUCUCUUAAGUGUUGAAAUUGAACCUGCAUCCACCACUUCUGCUGACAAAACAUUCUACACUCUCACCACCCACUGAGUGAGGAAGCUUCCCUUCAGCUCCCUCUCAAAUAUUUUACCUUUUUACCCAUAAACUAUGACUCUAGCUGUAGACUCACCGACCUCAAUGGAAAAAGCCUCCUUGCAUUUACCCUAUCUAUACCUUUCAUAAUUUUGUAUACCUCUCUCAAAUCUUGUCAUUCUCCUGCACUCCAGGGAAAUAAAUAUUUUAGGAAUUAGAAGCAAAUAAUGCACUAAGAUCCCACAAAACUGCAUUCACAUAAAAAUGUAUUUUGGAAUGCGGUAUUCCUGACAAUCCAAUGAUUAUUCCCUAUCCCUGCUUGCACUGGACAUGCAUUGUUUGGCCAGUCAGUUUUUUGGGUUUGGAGUAGAUAUGGGCAGAAUGGAUUUUGAAUAAUGUGAUCUGAUAUUGAUACGAGCUUUUCACUUCCAGAAAUCUGUACUUCCUCAUUCCAUAGUGGGAUUUUACUAAUUAUCAGCACUGAACCUUCAGUUACUCAUUCAGUAACAUAAACGAUCCCACUGACAUAAUUUUUAAAAGUUUUUAUGUUUAUAAUGUGUGGGCACUUGAUUAAUAUAUGUCUUUACUACUAAAAGCUUUACAGUCACUCUUAGGCAAAUAAAGUAAAUCCUGAAUGAUGUAAAGCUUUGGCUGGUUGGCUUUUUCAGCUCUAUUCAGAGAAGACAAAGGCACACAGAACAUUCUUAGGAGACUGUUUCAGUAGUGUAUUUUAUUGGCAUCUCUUACUGCCUGUUACACCACUGGCGUUUAGGGCAACAGUGAAGAUCAUUCAUCUCUGGCAGUGGUCGGGGCUUCCUGCAUCAUGUCCAUAGCUUCCUCUUGGUUUUUGUUACUGUUGGUCAUGCAAGUCCCGGGUGGAGACGCAGGAAUACCGUCACACUCAGAUUUAGAAGGAUUCUUCAUCGCGGUUUCUGUAACAAUUUAGUUUCACUAGUCAGGGCUGUUAACUCUGAACCUGGAGGACCAGUGGACCACUCUUAUUCUGGCCUUUACCCUUUGACCUGUUUGGCAUGGAAACCCUACCAAAAGCCAAACUAUAGAGCCCUGAAUCAGCCUGCAUAGCUCUCCGGGUCAUUGAGGCAUGAGGACUGCCAAACCACAAUAAGGUUGUGGUCCUCCUAAUUGUUUUGCAACUAAACACUUUAUAUUCAAUAAAAGUUAAUUUUGUUUCCCAAAAUUCCCAUGAGAUACAAGUAGUCUGAAAUUGUAUUUGUGUUCUGCUUCAAGCAAUCUAUCAUUAAAAAAUCCUGAGGAAGCAACACUUUCAAAAAAAUGUUCUGUCCAGUGUAAUUGACAGGGGAUUAAUUAUGAGAUUUAGCCGUGAGUUCUUUUUAAAGUUUAAUGCUCAAAAAAAGUGCAAUGACCUUAUCUUUUGAACUUUCCGAUGUUCAUUUGAUAAACAAGAAACAAUUAUUUGAUUUUUUUGUUUAUUGUGAUAUAUAAUUGCCCAUAUACUGCUGGUAUAAAGUCUAUAAUUAUGUUUGGUUGAAGUAUCACAGAGAUUCAUUAUACUUAUGAGAAGAUAUUGAACCAACAUGAAAUUCUAACCUCUUUUCUAUGAGCAACAAUUAACCAGAUUUCAGGAAGUUAUCAAAAUCUGAUUAGAGAAAAAUGCACAUUGGACAAAUAUUGUGAAAUAAUUUUGUAUUGUGGACUUGAAAAAUAUGUUUUUAAAAACUUUGGAAUCAGUUUCUUAUUUAAAAUAAAAUAAAAAUUAUAAUAUGCUGU